UGUUUUGGUAAUGGGAAUGUUUGAAAGAUAACACAAAUUAUUAUUUAUAUUUAUUGUUAUCGCACAGAAAAUAUUUUUUUUAACAAUGGUUAUGAGAUCGAGUAGUAAUCCUAAUCUUUCUGAUGAUUCCCAUAUUGACAUGGACGUCGAUUUAACUCCAGAAAUGAGGCAGUACAGGAAGAAAUAUCAAUUGUUGCUUGAACGUUGCGAAAUUAUACAACAAGAUAAUGAAAGAAUAGUUCAUAGAAUACAAAAAAUAAAAAAGAUGACAAAAUGUUACAAAAGAGAUGUUAAAUUAUUAAUGAGAGAACUCGAUAAACAUGGUGAUGAAUGGAGAACUGCUGAAGAUGAAGUAGAUCUAAAGCCUGAUGAUCUUAUUAUUAAACGAGAAAUAAAAAGAGAGAAGAAUGAUAAGCUUUCCAAGAGCAAUAAUAAAUCCAAUUCAAAAAAGAAGACAGGAACCAGAAAAAAGAUUAAAACAGAAAAGGAUAAAGAUCCAAAUGCACCAAAGCGACCACCUAAUGCAUUCUUCCUAUUCUGCCAAGAACAAAGACCUAUAGCCAUGCAAAAGCUUGCUGCAUUUAGUCAAAAUGAACCAAAUAAACAAGAACUUACUAGACAUUUAGCACUAUUGUGGAGAAAUCUUCCACCGGAUGAAAAGCAGAUCUACAUUGAAAGAUAUGAAAUAUCUAAAGAAAAAUAUGAUGAAAAGAUGUCAGCUUAUAUUAAGAAAGAAUAAUUUAAUUGAUAGAAUGUGAUGUAUAUAAAUAAAAUCUAAUUUUGAACUACAUGUU